AAAAGCGGGUCGACCAUCUCGCUUGGACUAGCCGCCGCAUUCCGAUGACAGCACUGACAGCUCCAGAUGCCGGGAAACGUCGCACAGCAACCCAGUUCCCGUGUUUCUUGCUCACAGCCACUGAAUACCACCGAGCUUCUCGGUAAUGAUCAUGAAACGGUGGGAACAAUGCGGAGACUACGUGCCGCCACACCGUCUUCUGGAAUGUAGGUCUCGAACGGGUUGGAAACGCAAGGACGUGACCCUGGAGGUACUUACCUAGGUACUCUUACCAUGAGAUGAUAAAAGCGCCAGCUGCCCACCCUCUCUAUAGUUCUCUAUCACAUUUGUGAAGUUUCAAUCCUUUACUUCUUCUUGUGCUAGACCGCAUUGUCACUCCUUCAUCUAUUCAAGUCCUUAGUUCCUCCAUCCAACCUUCGCUUCAAUGGCUCGUUACUCCUUUGCAUUCGCUGCUCUAGCAGCAAGCGGUGCUUACGCUGCGCAGAGCGCAGCAUACACACAGUGUGGUGGAAAGGGGUUCACCGGUGCGACCGCAUGUGUAUCCGGCUACCACUGUGAGGUCCAGAACGACUGGUACUCGCAGUGUGUUCCUGGAGCUGGUGCCGGAGCGGCAAGCCCUGUUCCUACAACCAUGAUGACUGCGACCAAGGCACCCGCUGCGAAGACCUCUUCUCCAGCAGCUGCUGCCGCCGCCGCCCCCAGCAAGGCUGCCGUCGCCGCCAACGCAGCAGCCAGCUCCGGAAAGACCCAAUACGCCGGUAUGAACAUCGCCGGUUUCGACUUCGGCUGCGACACAUCUGGAUCCUGCAGCGGAGCCUACGUCGACCCCGGCGCGAGUGGAAUUGCUCAGAUGCAGCAUUUCACCAAGGACGACAAGCUCAACAUCUACCGUCUGCCCAUCGGCUGGCAGCAUCUGACCGGCAACACCCUCGGCGGUAACCUCGACGCGACUGUCAGCGCUGCCUACGACAAGCUCGUUAAAGGCUGCCUGGCCACCGGCGCAGUCUGCCUCCUCGAUCUCCACAACUACGCCCGCUGGAACGGCCAGAUCGUCGGCCAGGGCGGACCCACAAACGCACAGUUCGCGGAUGUCUGGACCAAGAUCGCAACCAAGUACGCAUCCGAGAAGAACGUUGCCUUCGGCCUGAUGAACGAGCCCCACGACCUUACAAUGUCCACCUGGGCCGACUCAUGCCAGGCCGCCGUAACCGCCAUCCGCAAGGCAGGUGCCAAGUCGCAAAUGAUCCUCCUCCCCGGAACCGACUACACAUCCGCGGGUACCUUCCCCACCGCCAGCGGCCCCUCCCUCCUCAAGGUCAAGGACGCCGACGGCACAACCGACAAGCUCAUCUUCGACGUCCACCGUUACCUCGACAGCGACAACUCCGGCACCCACGCUGAGUGCACCAGCGACCACGUCGAGGACUCUUUCGUCCCGCUUGCUACCUGGCUCCGUGACAACAAGCGUCAGGCUAUCUUGUCUGAGGUCGGUGGCGGUAACACUGCUUCGUGCGAGAAGGAUGUUUGCGCUGCGCUUGAUAGCCUGAACAAGAACAGCGAUGUUUACCUUGGUUACAUUGGCUGGUCGGCUGGUGCGUUUGAUCAGAGCUAUGUGCUUGGUUUGACGCCCAAUGGCUCGACUGAUCGCGAGUUGGUUACUAAGUGCUUCAGCCGCGCGUAGAGUGGAAGGCCUAUCGGCUUGAGCUUUGGUGCAGGGUGGAUCUCAUCGUCUCUGGUGGGUGUCACUUUCGGUAGUCGUCUUCUCUUCUUC